AUGGGUAAGCGAAGGAUUGAGAUCCAGAAGAUUGAAGAUAGAAAGAAGAGAAAUGUUUCCUUCACUAAGAGACGACAAGGCCUAUUCAAGAAAGCCGCUGAUCUGUGUCGUCUUACCGGUGCUGAUAUUUCUCUGUUAGUAAUCUCACCUGGUGGUAAACCCUACAGUUUUUCUUCUUCUUCUUCUAUUUCUUUGGAUGAUCUAAAUUAUAGGUUAAACAAUACCAUUAAAAAUAUUAAAGAAGGAAAAGUUGUUGAUGAUGAGACAACUAGGGUUUCUGAUGAUGGGUUCUGGUGGAAUAACCUAAAUCCAGAAGAAAUUGAUAGUAUUAAAAAGUUAACGGCUGUAAGGAAUCAAUUACUUGAUGUGAAAGAGAAGGUUUCACAGAGAAAGCAAGAGUUGCUAGCAGCAGCUAAAGCAAUUGACAUUGCUACAUGUACUACUACUUGUACUGUUGUAGAGAAGAUGGAGGAGGAUUCUUCUCUGUUGAAGGAUGAUUUGGGAAUGUUAUUAUCAGAUUGCUAUGAUGAUGCUCAGAAUUGGUUUCCCUCUAUUGAGAGUUUACAUAAUUUUGAGAGUUGGUUGUUGAACUGA